AAAGAAAAUGAGGAAAAGAUCAAAUGGUGCAAACAAAGGACCAAAUCUUAGGCAACUCAUUGUUCAUUGUUAACCUUCUCUCUUCCUUGAGAGGAACCCCAAAGGAGUUACGAAGUAAUGGCUUCUUCUUCCUCCAAGGAGCGCAAAAGGAGUUACGAUGUAAUGGCUUCUUCUUCCUCCAAGAAGUCCAAAAGGAGUUACGAUGUCUUCCUGAGUUUCAGAGGUCCAGAUGUCCGCAAAAACUUUCUCGAUCAUCUCUACGUAGCUCUAGAUCAAGCAGGGAUAUUCACUUACAUCGACAGUGAAGAGCUGAGGAAGGGAGAACAAAUAUCACCUGCACUUAUGAAAGCGAUCAAGGAAUCGCAAAUCGCGAUCGUGGUUUUCUCUGUGGACUACGCCUCUUCGUCAUGGUGUUUGGAAGAGUUAACGAAAAUCAUGGAGUGCAGGGAGCAAAAAGGCCUCAAGGUCUUUCCAGUGUUUUACAAAGUAGAACCAAGAGAGGUGAGAUGGCAGAGACAGAGCUAUGGAGAAGCUAUGGCUAAGCAUGAGGUCAAGUUCGGGAAGGAUUCGGAGAAAGUAAAUAGAUGGAAGAAAGCUCUUUGUGAUGCUGGCAACUUGUCCGGGGAGCACUUUACUGAUGGAUAUGAAGCGGGGCUUAUCCAACAUAUCAUACAGGAGAUCUCAACUCAACUAAGUCGAACACCAUUAUAUGUAGACAAGGAUCUGGUGGGAAUAGAUUUCCGAGUACAAAAGCUUAAAACAAUCUUAAAUCUACAGUCCGAGGAUGAUGUUCUUAUGGUGGGAUUAUGGGGACAGGGAGGUGUAGGGAAGACGACCCUUGCUAAAGCCAUUCAUAAUGCUAUCUUUAGAGACUUUCAAGGUGCUAGUUUCUUGGAACACGUUCGAGAAAAUUCCAAUGAUUUGGUUCUUUUGCAAAAAAAAUUGCUUUCACAAUUAUUACCAGGGAAGGAAUUACCAAUCUACAAUGUCGGUGGAGGAAGGCAGUUAAUUAAACAAAGACUUUGUAGUAAGAAAGUUCUCAUUAUUCUUGAUGAUGUUGAUAAUGCACACCAGUUAAAUGCUUUAGCCAAAGAGCAAGAGUGGUUCGGUGAAGGAAGUAGGAUAAUUAUCACAACAAGAAAUAAGCAUCUGCUAACUUCUCAUGGGAUAAAUCCAGAUCAUAUAUAUGAAGUUAAAGCUCUUAAGGAGGGUGAAGCUCUUGAACUUUUAAGAAAGCAUGCUUUUCGAGGAAAUCAAGAGAUAGAAAUAAGCAGCAAUCUUGUUCAUCAAGUUUUGCAUUAUGCAAGAGGCCUUCCUUUGGCUCUUCAGGUGUUGGGUGCUUUCUUAUGUGGUAGAGGAGAAGAUGAAUGGGAAAGUACCUUGCAAAAACUUGCCGAAACUCCUGAUGAGGAGAUCAAUGAUGUGUUAAAAGUAAGUUAUGAUGGAUUGGAGCCUUAUGCAAAGGAGAUUUUUUUGCACAUUGCCUGUUUCUUCAAGGGGAGGAGUACGGAAUACAUUAAGAAAGUUCUUGAUAGUUGUGAUUUUCACACGACUAUUGGAAUAAAAAUUCUCAUCGAGCGCUGCUUGAUUACUGAAGGGGUAUGGACAAUACAAAUGCAUGACUUAAUACAAUUAAUGGGUAUGAAUAUUGUUAAAGAUGAAGAUCGUGAUGAUCCCAUAAACCGCAGUAGAUUAUGGCUUCGUGAUGAUGUUCUUGAUGUUCUAUCAGAAGAUAAGGAAACAAAAACAGUAAAAGCCAUAGUCUUGCAGCUACCAGAGCCAGAAGAUAUGCAUAUUGGUCCUGAUGCUUUCACAAAGAUGAAAAACUUGAAGUUGCUCAUCUUGCUUAAUGUAGAUAAUUCUAUUCAAGGUCCCAUUCAUCUCCCUAAUGGGUUAAGGUGGUUUGAAUGGCCUAAUUGUGGUUCGACUCUAGAAUUUUGCCAUGGUCCAAAGAAAUUAGUCGGACUUGAUAUGCGGAAUAGCAAGAUCAAGGGAGCGCCCAGACACUUUAAGGACCUUCAAAAUUUGAAGUUCAUUAAUUUUAGUUCAUGCCAAUCACUGGUUUGUACGCCGAACCUCGAUGGUACUCCAAAUCUCAAGGAAUUGCAUCUCAAUUGGUGCAAAAACUUGGAGCGUGUCCACGAAUCAGUUGCAUAUCAUGGCAAUUUACAAGUUUUGAAUUUGUAUUCUUGCUCCAAACUUCAUCAUUUCCCCGAUGUACUCCGAACCAAGAAUCUUUUAUUUCUCGGUCUUGAUUGUUGCUCAAAAUUGCAAAGAUUCCCUGAUAUUCCAGAUAAAAUCAAAGGCUUGCAUAGACUUUCUUUAACCGAAACUUCAAUUGAGGAACUUCCUGCAUCCAUAGAAAAUCUUGUCUCUUUGGAAAAUAUAGAUUUAUCCCAUUGUAAGAAACUGGCAAUCCUUCCACCUAGCAUUUAUAAAUUAGAAAAUCUGAAGAAUCUUAACCUUUCAAAUUGCUCAAAACUAAUGAAGUUUCCAAAGAAGGAGGAGGAUUCAAGUGAUCCCCAUGCGAAGACGGGAUUUCCUCAGUUACUUUAUUUAACCCUUAAUGAAUGCAAUCUAUCAGAAGUAGAGUUUCUAGAGAAUCCUUCAUGUUUUCCUCGCUUAAAUAAGUUGGAUGUUUCGGGUUGUCACCAACUAAAAGAGAUUCUCAAGAUUCCAAGGAAAUUGCACUCUCUGAUAGCAAAAGAUUGCAAAUCUCUGAGUAAAAUUCCCUCCGACAUACAUCAUGUCCAGGAUGCUUACUUACCUUUAUGUCCUAAACUGGUCAACAAUGGAUCGGCCGUGAAUGAUUUGGUCAACCUUGAGCAUUUUAAUCCCAAAGAGCAUUAUAAGUAUAAUGGUAGCAGCGAAUUUCUUCUACCUGGAGGAGAGAUGCCACAGUGGUUGCGCGGUAAUGAAGAGGGUGAAAUAUCUUUCAUAGUUUCAAAGGAAUUUUUUAAGAAGUUCAUGUGGUUAGCUGCCUAUGUUGUAUUCCAAGAAGAUGAGCGAAUGGAGAAUUUUCAUUUGUGUCUCCAUGCACUCAUUAAUGGCAAAAGGAGGAUGGAUUAUAUGAACACUGUCACUUCAUCAUUAUGGGAUCAUGUGUGCCUUCAGAUUUACGAAAUGUCGUGGCUAUGGGAAAUACUAGAAGAUGUCUUUGGCAGGAGUCAAUUCCAUCUUAUGAUUAGAGCAGACUCGGAUAGUACAGUUGUGAAAGAGUGUGGAUUCCGCCUAAUAUGCAAGCCACUAGAGAACGAUUUGAAAGAUGAUCAAUUGAUGGAUCCAGCUAUACUUUAUGAGAUUCAAAAUGAAGAUUAUCUAACAAGCAGAUCAUUCCUGGAAAUCAAACCAUCCCAAGAAUGGAUGGACGAAUUCACAGUUGAGAAGUGGCGUUAUUCCUUAAUUUCUCCUGAUCUUCGAAUUGUUUGCCCUGGAGGAGAGAUGCCAAAGGAGUUUGUCUUUGCUAAAGAUAGUACCAUAUCUUUCAUGGCUUCACGGGAAUUCUUUGACAAGUUUCGAGGAUUGGCUUUCUGUGUUGUUAUCGGUGUAGAAGGUGGAGAAAAGAAAAUAUCUUUUGACAUCGUGCCACAAGUUCACGGGCAAAGGCGGAAUGUGCUAUCAGGUACUCUCGGUUCAUUUGAUUUGGAUCAUGUGUGGAUUCAGUAUCUCGAACCAAAUGUGUUGUGGGGAGUGUUGGAGGGAGGAGUUGAUUUUGGGCAAUUUAAUGAGAGAUAUUUACAAUUUAGCAUUAAACUUAGUGUAUCGGGUGGAAUUGUAAAAAGGUUGGGAUAUGUGCUAAGAUGCACACAACUAGAAGAUGAUUUAAAGGUGAUGCUUGAAAACAAUCAAUUAGUGGAUCCAGCUAUACUUUAUGAGGAUUGUGAUGGAUAUCCAGAAGAAAUCGGAGAAGAAUUUGUACGCAGAUUCGCACAUACACACAGAGAGAAACAGGAAGCUAGUGAGAGUGAAACAGAUUAAAUGGGAAGAGGCGAGUGCAUUAUGGGGUGGCUUGCAGACCUUAAGGAAUUAAUCAUUAAGCCAGCAAAACAAAUUUGGGGUGGCACAUGUUUCCUGAUAUCCUAAGAUAUCUGUGUCCUUGUUGAAGUAACGGAUGGCAUUCAGUUCAAUCUCUCAUGUGAGAUUCAGAUAUAUGCAAAUCGAUAGAGGGUGACUUUGCACACAACAUUCAUCGCAA